UAAAUAACGCCCCCGACUCACUGUGUGCCACCCACAAGCUGAUAUUUAUAUCUAAAAAAUCUCUCGACAAAGCAAGAACAUUGGUCUUUCUGAGGCACCGGUCAUCAUAACGAGCUAGCAUAGCGGACACAAUAGUAUAACGCACGAGUUGAAGUACACAGAAACUUAUGUCGCAGUGUAAAGCUUUUCCAAUUGAGACAAUUAUGGCUUCCGAUUCCAAUCGAGAGGUGUGAAGUGGCAGAACUCGAAAUCUUAGCCAUUGCAGCUGCAAGUGUUUUGGCUAGAUGUAAUUGUCAACAUUUUGGCGAGCUCCGAAAUUACACUUUCAACGCCCGCCUGAAGGCCGAUAGAGUUGGGCCUUUGUUUGUUGGUAUGGAUUGGUUGCGAAUAAUGGUUCCAUUUGGAAAAACUUAUUAUAUAUCAACAAAUCCCUAUCAUUCAAUCACAUUGUGUCAUGAACGGCCCUGCUGUAUCGCUGAUUGGCUAUGAACGAGAGUGGCGGCAUCUCAAAAGGCUACGUACUUGGGGUUUAGGCUGAAUUGAAUCAACAGUCCAUCUCAGAGCUCGUGGGGCGUAGAAGUGUUCGUGAAUUUGCCGACAAAAAUAGAUCACAGAACUUCCCUAAAUCAACCCAAGCUUAAAUUCUAUGAGAAGGUUUUUUUUCCAUCAGGAGCCGGGAACACGGACAGAUUACAGAUUGACACCUCUUGCGAUGCUCGCAGCGACUUGCAGUAGAAUUGGACAACAAUCCCCGCCACCCGUAGCUGACGUGACAAGCAUGGCUAAAGGUUUCUACCAUUGGAAACAACCGAAUUCCCUUCCAAUUCAGCGCGGAAGGCCGACUGACAGUGGCUUGUAUUCAAAUCUGCCGUCCGCCUUUAUGCCAACCAGCGAAUCUUUAAGCGUUCAGAAUCACGACAGCUUUCUCAGCAAUCCGAGCUAUACAACAGGACACAAUUCGCUCACAGAUCCAUUAGCUAUCGCAUCGGCGAGUCGCGUUCAUUCUGCUUCUGUUGAGGCAUCAAUUUAUCCAGCGCGGAUGCCGCAUCCCUACGAAAGCUCGCCUUGGUUUAAACCACCUUUAGAACCCCAUUCACAGGCUUCAGCUCGGCAGGCGUUCUGGGAAGUACACAGUAAUCCCCCCUGGCUCGACUCAGCCGUAUCAGGCAGCUCGUUUCAUCCAACGUUAAGCCAUUUUACAGGACUGCCGCAUGAAUACUCUACAGGAAGUUUACCUAUUCCUGCUGCGGUUUCUGUGGCGAGUCAUCCGCAUUUUCUACCCCCUCCCUGCCUCGGAUCCGAUCCCAUGAAAGCUUCUCUUCCUACGUAUAUAGAUGGACCUUCUUACUUUUCAGGGACGACAAGUUUAUUGCCUUCUACGCAGAGUGUGACUGCAAGAGCGACUCGACGCUACACUGGUCGCGCGACCUGCGAUUGCCCCAACUGCCAAGACAACGAGAGAUUAAGUGCGGCUGGUGCACCUUUUAGGAAAAAGACUCAACACAUUUGUCACAUUCCGGGCUGCGGCAAAGUGUACGGGAAAACCUCACAUCUGAAAGCUCAUCUCCGCUGGCAUACUGGCGAGCGGCCAUUUGUUUGUAACUGGUUGUUUUGCGGAAAGAGAUUCACUCGAUCUGACGAACUGCAGAGACAUUUACGGACGCACACUGGCGAGAAACGAUUCGCUUGCCCCAUCUGUAAUAAACGUUUCAUGCGAAGUGAUCACCUGGCAAAACACGUUAAAACCCAUAACAAUGAUACGGUGAAGAAAGGAGAUUCAGAAAAGGAGGAAAAAGAAGACGAGAAAGCCACAAACGGCGCUGACAUUGAACGCGCAUGUAACCUGUCUGAAAAUGGCGAAAGUAACAGCCUGAAGGUUGCUUAGCUUGUCAAGGCUGGAGAGUAGUAAGACGUUUCGAUUUUAUUGAUAAAAUGUUUUUUUCUUCUAGGUCUAUGACGCUCAUCCUAACAUAGGAAAGCUUUGAAUUAAUGAAAGAAAAUUUAUCACUUGAAA